UUCGCUGUGUCGGCGGUGUGUGUGUGUGUACCCGGUCCGCUGCAGGCCGCCGGGUGUGUGUGAGUGUUGGGUUAGUAAAGUUAGCGCUGGGUGAAUCUCCGCUGUUUAUCCGGUAAAAUAAUCCGGAUCUGCGGGUUUAAUAACCGGUAAAAUUAGCGCUGUUAUUACGGAACACCGCGGGGAUUAGCGGAGCUGCGGGGAGGCCCGGGCAUGCUGUAGAGGUCCGGCCGCUGGAGCGCAGCGCUAACCGGCGGCUCGCUAACCGACCGACCCGGUAACCAGCAGCGGAGGUGGGUGUGAGAGCACGCAUGCGUGGUGGUGAGCUAUGCUGACGUUGGCGAGUAAGCUGAAGAGGGAGGAGGGCGUGAGGGCGGGCGGAAGCCCCACCAGCUCCCACGAUGCCUCACACCGAGUGUCCAUCAGAGACCGGCUGCUCAUUAAAGAGGUUGCAGAGCUUGAGGCCAACCUUCCUAACACCUGUAAGGUCACGUUUGUCGAUGUCAACAAGCUCCAUCACUUUCAGCUCGCCAUUACUCCAGAUGAAGGAUAUUACCAGAGUGGAAAGUUCCAGUUUGAGAUUGAAGUUCCUGAAGCCUACAACAUGGUGCCUCCUAAAGUUAAGUGCUUGACAAGAAUUUGGCAUCCAAACAUCGCAGAGACGGGGGAAAUCUGCCUAAGCUUAUUGAGAGAGCAUUCAAUCGAUGGCACAGGGUGGGCACCAACACGCACGCUAAAGGAUGUGGUUUGGGGGUUGAAUUCUUUAUUCACUGAUCUUCUGAACUUCGAUGACCCGCUGAAUAUAGAUGCUGCGGAGCAUCAUUUACGGGACAAGGACGAUUUCAGGAAUAAAGUGCAGGACUUCAUUAAGAACUAUGCAAGAUGAUGCCUCGGUCAGCUGCGCUAGCCGCUCACGCACGCCCGCGACUUCGCAGCCGAGCGCCCGCCCGAGCGACCACCCGCGAGCCCUGAGCGCCACAGAGACAAAAUCCCGAAACAUUUCCAAACGUGAAGAGAGCCAGACACGUCCUGUGGCUUUAAUCGACGCUCUCGCGUGAAGGUUUGGGAGCGGGGUUGGUGGGCUCGUCUUUGAUCUUUGAUCUUCUUCUUCGUUUGUUUGUUUUUUUGUUCUUUUCUCGCUCAGGGCCGUUUUGCAGAAGCCCCGACAGCUGGUUCUGCUUUAUCCAGCUGGUUUUGACAAAAAAGAAAAAAAUGCGUAACGCAUUGAAAAAUGAAUUGAUAAAGGAAUAAUGAAAAAUGUAUUCACAGCAACGAUAAGACACACGCUCUCUGAUGUCACCUCACGUGCUAGUGCCUCUGUGACCUGACGCUGACUGCUACAGCCUGCAAGCUCCCACCUUCAUGUGCUACUGCGUACCUGGUGUCCCUCCAACACCAGCACUUCACACGCGAGGACUGAAUGCUCACAAUGCUCACGAUGAUCACGAUGCUCGCUUAGCCCGCGCCUGUUCUGCAGGACAUGAUCAUUAUUUACUUUUGCUGGAAUUUGUCCCGAUCGCGAGACUGUUGUACCGAUUCCGGAGACGGCGCUUCGACUUCCUCGCACUCCUGUAUGCGUUUCUGUUUUCGUCUGUGUGCGUAAACACGUUCAGCUUUACGGAUGUGUGCAUGUUCUAGCGUAUGCGAGCGAACACUGGGACACCAGCACUGUGUAAAUGUGGGAGAGUGGAUGAAUGUCUGAUUUGGUAGCAUGCACUGGGCUACUGGACCACUCAGCCAAAAGCCUAUGAAGCUAGUGAGAAUUUAUUUAAAAAAAAUUUCUCCCCUUUCCUUUCCUUAGAGUUGUAUAUCCAUUUGUAAAGUAUAUUAAAGAUGGGUUCUACUAUGACUA